CUAGUCUGAAAUAUGACUCAGACAGGGAAGAUGAGGAGAAUCUAGCAGUUCAUUUGUGACAGAAGCUCUCAGUAUUUACAUCAAAGUUGUGGGACUCCUGCCAAUUUCUGAGAUCUAGAGGCCUGCCGUUACCUCUGUACCUGGUUUUGUCUUCAUUUCAGUGCAUUCUGUAACGAAAAAAAAAAACCUCUCUCCAGAUAUCCUAAGUUGAAGGAGUCCAGUAUUCCUGCUCUCUGCUGAAAAGUCUAUAUUAACAGCACAGACGUUUUUGUAGGACUGUGGACCAACCAUGGCAGCAAAUGGACUACAGAUAUUGGGCAUAUCGCUAAGUAUACUGGGCUGGGUUUGUACCUUCCUCAGCUGCUAUCUACCAAUGUGGAAAGUGACAGCAUUUAUCGAGAACAACAUUGUUGUGUCAGAAGUCUUCUGGGAGGGCCUUUGGAUGAUUUGUGUAUUUCACAGCACUGGUCAAAUGCAAUGUAAAAUUUAUGAUUCCUUGCUUGCACUGUCUGAAGACCUGCAGACGGCUCGUGCCCUCUGCACAAUAUCCAUUGCAAUCUCUUUCUUCGCAUUUCUCAUUUCCAUUGUGGGAGCCAAGUGCACUAAAUGUGUCGAAGACGAGGGAAUAAAGGCAAAAAUCAUGAUCUUUGCUGGGGUUCUUUACAUGCUUGCUGGAAUCAUGGUCCUUAUUCCAGUCUGCUGGUCAGCCCAUGUUAUCAUCCAAGACUUCUACAACCCAUUGGUUCCAACACCCCUGAAACGAGAGCUUGGUGCAUCGCUUUACAUUGGCUGGGCAGCUGCAGGCCUUCUGAUCUUUGGUGGAGCUAUUCUGUGUUGUUUCUGUCCUCCAAAAGAGGACCAUUAUCCUGUGAAGUACAAUGCUGCGCGUGCAAUGAGUGCCACUCACAGUAGCCAUGCAUUUCAUAACUACGUUUAAUGACCUACCUGUACCUCUUACAGCAAGGAAACAGCCAAGCAGAAUUCACGGACUAUGCAACACGAUCUUGUACUUUUUUCAAGCAACUCUAUACACUAUAUUCUGUUCCACUAGUGAACAGACUGCUCACUAACUUAGCCUGCCAUGGACCUCUAUACACUGCAUUCUGUUCCACUAGUGAACAGACUGCUCACUGUCUUAGCCUGCCAUGGACCUCUAUACACUAUACUCUGUUCCACUAGUGAACAGACUGCUCACUAUCGUAGCCUGUCACGGACCUCUAUACAUUGUAUUCUGUUCCACUAGUGAAUAGACUGCUCAUUAUCUUAGCCUGCCAUGGCCCUCUAUACACUGUAUUCUGUUCCACUAGUGAAUAGACUGAUCACCAUCUUAGCCUGCCAUGGACCUCUAUACACUGUAUUCUGUUCCACUAGUGAAUAGACUGAUCACUAUCUUAGCCUGCCAUGGACUUUUAUACACUGUAUUCUGUUCCACUAGUGAAUAGACUGAUCACUAUCUUAGUCUGCCAUGGACCUCUAUACACUGUAUUCUGUUCCACUAGUGAAUAGACUGCUCACUAUCUUAGCCUGCCAUGGACUUUUCUAACAGUUUAAUUAGUUUGCACUUUUUAGAAAACAAAAAUCAUUAAAUCUUUGCUAGAUAAUCAAGUUGUUACUGUUUUGC